AUGAAGAAGAUCAAAGUUCUGCUGAGGAAGUGCAAGAGCCUCUCAGCAACAUUGGGGAGGUCUUCCUCCUACACUAGUUUGAGAUCCAAAUCCACCAAAUCACAGGACUUUUGGUGCGAAACUGAGGAGGUUGGUGGCGGCGCCGGUGAGACUAUCGUGUUCGUCGGAAGCUCUCGGCGGCGUUACAUAAUUCGAGCGAAGUAUUUGAGCCACCCAGUCAUUAAAGCGCUCAUAGAUCGUUCGAGUCAAAGCUCAAAAGACGCCAUCUUUGUGAAUUGUGAGGUGGUUCUUUUCGAUCAUCUUUUAUGGAUGCUCGAGAAUGGGGAUCAUGAGGCGGUCGGCGGAACUUCGCCGGAGGAGCUGGCCGCCCUCUAUGCAUGUUGAGAAUGCUCAUGGAGUUAAUUAACUUUAUAAUUAGUUGAUUAAGCGUUUGCUUUGAGUUUGUUGAGUUUUAUUUUCUAAUAUGUUCUACUAAUUGAUAUCAAUUUGUUUUAAUUAAUUUGGAGGAUUAGGGGAUAUAAUUGGUAUUAAUUAGACUAAUGAUGAUGGAUUAUGGAAGUAUUUAAGAAGUCUAAUUGUGCU